AUGCCCUGCGCCCCAGUGCUCCAGUUCCGACUUCAGCAGAGGAGAAGCAGAGAGGCGCAGACAGAGGAAAGCAUGCCUCUAAACCAUGGGAAGUUUCCUAAGCAGGAGGACUCGUACGCCUUCGAGGAGGACAGCAGCAGUGGCAGCCUGUCUCCAGAGCAGCAGGUCAGCGAGCCCGAGUCCCACAGCUCAGCCUGCACCGCGGAGGGGGGCAGCCACACCAGCGCCAUCACCAGUCCCUGCCAGAGAGGAGCCAGAGACGUCCCAGAGCAGACCCCCGAGGACAGCAGCCUGACCCCCCUCCCUGUGGCGGCCAUUGUCAAGUCAAAGUCUUCAGACAAGAACCGCCAUAAGAAACCCAAAGACGUGAAGCCCAAGAUGAAGAAGCUGAAGUACCACCAGUACAUUCCUCCAGACCAGAAGGGUGCAGAGAGAUCCCCUCCUCCCAUGGACCAGGCCUACGCCCGCCUCCUCCAGCAGCAGCAGCUCUUCCUCCAGCUCCAGAUCCUGAGCCAGCAGAAACACGCCAACAGCCCGCCCAGCCAGCACCCCCCACACCCCCAGCACUCCCAGCACUCCCAGCACUCCCAGCACCCACAGCACCCACACAGUACCCAGGGACCAGCCCGCCAGCCCGCAUUCAGCUACCAGCCUACCACUCCAACACAAGCUCACAAAGGCAGCAGUGAGGCGCUCUCCUGCAGCUCCAGCUCAGCCAACAGCACCUCCUCAUCUCCUGUGAAGACCGCCUUCCUCAGUCAGAGCAGCUUGUCUGUGAGGCCCGGGGCCAUGACCGGAGCUCUGCCCGGACCCCUGCCCAGCAACCUGGACGACCUGAAGGUGUCGGAGCUCAGGCAGCACCUGCGCGUACGCGGCAUGCCGGUUUCUGGGACCAAAACGUCUCUUAUCGAGAGGCUCCGCCCCCUCACUGAGCCCUGCUGUGGCUCCUCCCCUCCCUCUGAAAUCGCCACGGGCACCUUCCCUGUCACCCCCAGCAGCUCCCUGACCUCCUCCUUCUACACUUACCCUGGGACGUCCUCUGGCAGCCCGCCCCUGUCCCCUGCCUCGUCCUCGGAGCUGUCCCUCAGCGGGUCACUGCCAGACAGCUUCAGCGACAUGCCCCCCUGUGUGUCCCCUCUGCUGGGGGGUCCCGGGCUGGGGGACGGGGAGGGGGAGCGGGAGAAAGACAAGAUGCUGGUGGAGAAGCAGAAGGUGAUCGACGAACUCACCUGGAAACUGCACCAGGAGCAACGACAGGUGGAGGAGCUGAAGAUGCAGCUGCACAAGAGGAAACGUUGUUACGGCUCCACACAGGACCCUGGGCCAGGCCCGGCCCAGCACAGCCCCACGGUGAUGGGACAGCACUUCAUGGGGGUCAGCAUCAAACAGGAGCCCCUGUCCUCCAGCUGCCCCCUGUCCUCCCAGGGCCCCGGAGGGAUGCAGACACAGCUGAUGGAGGGAGGGGCUUUCCUCAGUCCUCAGGCGUCCCCAAAGGCCUCCCCGCCCCCCCCUCGCUCCCCCACUGCCCCCUACCUGCUCACACCUCCACUGGGCCGGGACGAGUGCACGCAGCUGCAGCCGCCGCGCAUGUGCCCCAUGCAGAUGCAGCAGAAGAGCGGGGGGCAGAUGGGCUGUUACCCCCCUGACCACAGACUGUACCCCACAGACACCAUGAGCCACGGAGGAUCAGUGAAGAGCGAGAACAUGUCCAAGCAGCUCAACAGGAGUCAGCAGAUGGAUGAACUGCUGGAUGUGCUCAUUGAGAAUGGAGGAUGCCCGGGUCUGCUGGUGCCCAGGUUUCACCGUCACUACGACCACGCCCCUCCCGCCCCCCUGCCCUACGACCAUCCGCCCAAUCACGCGCCAGACGGCUCUCUGGAAAGUCCUCUGAGCGCUCCCAUUGGCCGGGGAUCUGAGGGGGAGGGCUAUGGCUCUCACUCUCUGCAGGGCGUGGCCUUCAGCAUGGCCUUCAGCGAGGGCCCCUGGGACGGCAUGGAGUGGCUGGACCUGACCCCACCCACCUCCGCCAACAACGCCUACAGCCUAGCCCCGCCCACCUCCACACACAGCGUCUUCACCAGUGAGUUUCUUGACAUGACGGACAUGAGCUUAGGCGUGGCCAUGGACCUGCCCCUGGAGCACUGGUGA